UGGAAUUCCUAUAUAAAAGGGAAUACCACUCAAAUAGAAAGUACGUUCAAUUUUCCAAGUUUUGUGGUCCUUUCUUGGGGUUUUAAAAAAUGGACCAGGAUCCAGAGUACCAACAUGUUAUGUCCCUGAGACUGUCCAGGGUUCUUGAGGACAUCGGGGUUACUAGACGACAGACGGUCAUGAUGAGAAGGAACACUUGGCUGGCGGCUGAGAAAAUUCAAGCAGUCUUAGAAUGUAUCCCAAAUAGAAACAGAACCUUUUACUUCUUUGGAAGCCAAAGUGAAGGCACAACAACUCUUGGAAUGGAGUCAGACGUGGAUUGUCUACGUUCAUCAAAUGACAGUCCUGUAUUUUUAGAAUUGUCAGAAUGGCAGCCUUCUCGAAAUGGCAGUUUCCUGGUUCUACAAGAUGAGAGUUCUCCACCUCAACACUGCAACCUGCAAAUUCUCAGGUUUGAUCUUCCACUGCCAGCAACACUGGAUAUAAUAAAUAAAAAAAAUAAUGUUGAGGUGGAUUUGGAUGGCAGGGUGUUGUUAAAAAACACUAUCCAAGACUCAAAUCUUCAGAAGAAUUUUGGCGCUGAUUUCAUAAGACAAGGCCCAUCUAGAAGUGGAACGAAAGAUGUUGAUAUUGUUUUUGCUUAUCACUGUGCGAAACAGCCAAAAGAGUGUCAAUUUCUUUUUCACAGACCGCGGCCUGGACACUGGCCCACGCCAGAUAUACUGGAACAGGCAAAACAGACUGGAACAUUCCUGGUGCCACAGGGACAUUCUGAAAGUUGUAAUCCAAAACUGGAAUGGAGAUUCUCAACUUCCCUCACAGAAAGACUGCUUAUGUUUAACCUCAACUCGACCAAAAUUAAGGCAUAUAUAUUCUUGAAAGUAUUGAGAAAGACUUAUUUCAAGCCAGUUGUAGGUGACCGGCUCAGCACAUUUCACUUCAAGACAGCCCUGUUGUUCACCAUAGAGAACUACCCCCCUGAGCUUUGGCAGGAAGACAAUCUGCUAAAGUGUAUCAUCUUCUGCCUUACCACACUCAAGCGCUGGUGCAGGAUGCACAAUUGUCCACAUUACACCAUAUCUGGGGUGGAUUUAUUUGUGGGAAAACUUUACAAAUUUGAACAGCAACAAAUCUCAGCAAUGUUAUCAGACAUGAUUGAAAACAUCAUGGUUUAUGUGGUCCAUAUAGAAAUGGAUGGGGUGGGUAGAAGAAUGGUGAAGCUAAUUAAUGUAAAAAACACACACAUAAAGAGCACAAGGUAUGAGAACACAAUGGCAACAGCUCAGUACUGCUUUAUUAAAGCUUUAGAACUGAAUUAUUCUCGGUUGUUGUCCUGUAAAGAUUCUGCUUUUUUCAAGUCAAAUUUAAAAGAGACAAUUGAUUCUUAUACUCAUUUUUCCAUGCAAAAUGACACAUUUAUCAAAGACAUUGUGAAGCCAUUAGUACUACUUCUGAACAAUCUUUUAGCAACAUCCCAAGCUUCUACAUGUGUAGAAUUACAUCAGCCUGUCACUGCUGACAUUUACAACCUGUACCAAGAAUCUUUGGACUCAGACUUGACAUCCAGCAGACUGAAGUUUGCCUCUAUGUUAUACUGCACACACCAGUAUGAGGAGGCAGCAGCAGUGUUGGAGCACAUUGAGGCUCUGCUGCAUCCAGAUGUUUGGCAGUACAGUUUUAGUAACAGAGGACAACCUGACCCUUCGAAUAAUUUUCUGAAAAGUCUUAUUGACAGGCGGCCAGUGUCAGAAGUCAUCAGAACAUCAGUAGCAUUUAGUGUUACUUUCAAGCCUCAAGAGGUACACUGUGUGCCUGAGCAUUUGCUAUUGGAGAUGCACAGAACCAUCAACCAAGAAGAUGAUCAACACAGAUACCCAAUUGAUGGUAUAUGGAUGGAUUCUGCCAUCACUGAUUCUAUCCCCUUCCUCUACUACCUUCAGUACCUCACAUACAGACAACUUGGACAACAGCAUAGGAAAUUUACUGCAAUGAGGAAACUUCGACACUACAUAAACCACUACAUAAACCAGGGUAGUACAGAAUAUGGUCAUAAAGAAACAGCAGCCAAUAUGCUGGGCCACUGCUGUGAACUGGAGAACAGGCUAGACUGGGCCUGGCAUUGCUAUUCAGAGUCACGGAGGAUGUAUCCACAUAACAAUGCUGCCAACUGGCAUAUCAUGAGACUUCUAUACCAAGCCCAAGUCCAGGCAUAAGAAAGAGACAAAAAUGUUUUAUAAUCAAGUCGAAAGUAAACAUUACAUUUUGAGUUUCAUACAAGUUAUUUUGAAAAAAGAAUUCAAGCAUCCUUAAAAAUGUGAAAUAUUACUGUAAAAGUAUGUAACUUUUCAUUGCUUCAAAUAGUGACUAUAUUUAACCACGCUUACAAACUAUUUUUGAUCUUGAAAUCGAAUAAUAUUUGAGCAAUAUAAUCUGUGUGGAGCAAAAAUGAAUAUCAUACUAAACAAGUGGUCGAAAUUAGCACAAGCUUGCAAGCCCUGCACUGGUAAAAUGCAUUCUGGCUUGCUCAAAAUCUUGGUUUUAUACAGCAGGGCUUGUUAAAAAAAUUAAAUGCCAAGCAGUAGGAAAAUAUCGGAUCGUAGAAUUACAUAUUUCCGUUCGAAAAUUAACGUUUUAAAAUUCUACGAUGUGAUUUUUUGUCAGCAAUCCUUUAUCAUUGGUUUCCAGAUAUUUAUGAAAAUAUUUGCUCUUUUCAAGACAAAAAGUAAAAAAGUUGUUAAAAAGGUCAAUCUGUGAGAGUGCAGCUUUAAGUGGAUUUCUGAAAAUGUUCAUUAUCAAAUUAAGAAAAAAAGUGUAAUAUUAAAUUUGGACCUUCUGGCUGUUACAAAACAUUUAAAUUUUUCACAAAAAUAUUUGUAAAAUUUACAUAUAUAUCUAAAAUAUGGUUUAUUUUGCAUCAUUUUUCUCCAUUGUUUUUAGUCAUCAAACUGUAUUAAAUGAUUUUGCAUUUGUUUAUUAUAUUUAACAUACAAAUCACAAUAAACAAUGUUAUUCUAGCACAUGUUUCUUAUUAUCAUUGUCUUAAAAUUAGUCUUGUUAUUUCAGUUUAUUUUUCUCUUUUAAGGGAAUGGUGGCAGGGCUUUUUAAUAGGGGAAAAUUAGCGUUGAUUUGACAAAAAAAGGAAAACAAUAACAAUGUAACAUAUUCAUCAAAGGCACUUUAUUUAUACAUUUCCUAAAUGGGGUCAAUGCUUCUCAAAAACAAAAGAAAUAAAGGUGGAUUUUUCAACCAGGGUAGGGGAAAAAUAUAUAAUAGAUUAAAAGAAUUGCAGAAGGCCCUCGAUUCUAUUUACCAAAAAGUAAGAAAAAAUAUUGAGCAUCAGUCUUCAUGGUCUUUUUAAGACCACAAAGGGCUUGUUAACCCAUUUCAUUCGGGAUACACCUUUUGGUGUAGUUACCCUUUACAUGCGGGAUACACCAAAAGGUGUAGUUUUUGACGUACUGAACUUUCACUUUAUUUACUUUCGUUUUGACUGUAUUGUUUCCGGUUUAUACGUUUUCCGGAAUGACCGGAUGUUAUGCGCAGAUAGAUGCGCAGAAAAUUUUCAUGAAGAAAUAAUUUUAAAACUCAAAAAUCGAGUUAAAUUUAAGCUUUUUAUUGCGAUUUUGAUGCAAAUUUUUGUUGAAAUGGAUAGGACUUUCGACCACAGUGACGAUAGUGAUAUUGGGAUGGUUAUAAUGACGAAGUUUAUGUGAAUUUGUUUGAUACAAACAGAAGACAUAUUAAAACAUCGAUAGAAAUCACAAACUAUGACAUUUGCAUUAUUUGGUGGAGUUUUUAUGACGAUCUUGAGGAGUUCUAGAAUGAUUGAAUGACAAAGAGGAUCACCCCAAGGUUUCCAAGUGGGAAUACAAAGAAUGGUGGUCCUAAAGAACAAUAUGACCCAAGAAAGCCAGGAUAUUGCAUUACUGUCAUUUAUCAAUAAAACUGUUAUGGGGGCAAGACUUUUGGACCUUACUGGUCGAUGAUUCAAACUGCUAUGCCAACCAACAUCGCGAUGAACAUCCACCCGCCCGAUUUGCUCCGAAGUGGACAUGGGAUGAUAUAAACUGUUAUAACUUUUUAUAGAUUUAAAAUAUAUGCAUAAUUCUUUCUGCAAUUUAAAGACAGAUUAAUUUAGAAACUUUCAUACAUUGGAUUAUGUGACAUUUGAAAAAAAUUGUGUGUUUUUUUUUUGCUUUCAAUUUGUGCAUAUUUAUUUUUUGGUGUUUUUUUUUUUCAUCAUCACCUGGUUAACUUGCAAAAAAUAAUUUAUUUAAAAUCAUUUGCUAAUAAAACUUACAUAAACAUGUGCAUAUUUUUAUUUCCUUUCCAAAUAUGUAAUCUUUAUUGGGUCUUGUACCAAUAAUAAAGAAGUUAUUAGUGUUUAUACAACACAAUGGUCAUAAAAAGGCAGAUGGCUUAUCAGUCAUUGGAAAAUGCCCAGAUAUUCAAGGUAUCAUAUCUAACUGGGUCUCAGAAUGAAAUGGGUUAAUUACCUAAUUUUACAGACUAUCACAAUUAUUUACAAGCCUUUAAGUAUAUUUGUGAUAAAUAGGUUAUAAAUUUAUUUUCAAGAAAAUGCAAAAAAAGAACAGUACAGUGUAAACUCACUAAACCGGACAAGGUCCGGACUGUGCAAAAUUUCCAGUUUAGCGAGGAUUCCGGUUUAGUGAGGAUUUGAUGUACGGAGUCAGUUUACUCAAAAUAUUAACUGAGUUAAGGGUCCUUCUGAGCUAUUGAGUAAUAUUUUUUGUUUUUUAUAAAAAUGCUUGUAAAAUUGCAAUUAUACUUGGAAUAUAAAUAAAUAACAUUUGUGUUUUCAAAACUUAUAUCAAGGAUAUAGAAAACGAUAACUAAAAUGUCCUGUUUAUUAGGAAUAAUUUUUAAACUUUAAAUAUUUGUUAAAAAACGACGAUUUUGGAAACGUUAUUUGUGACAUUUUCGAGUGCUAUCAUGCAAACUGUAAAAAAAGAGUAAAUAUUGCUUCAUAAUUACGGCAAUUAGAAACAAACAAUACAACAAUAAAGUAUGUAUAUAAAUACGCAAAUAGUUUGAUUAAAUCAGUUUGUUAUCUUGUAUUUCUGUCCCGAUAAACAAGUGCAUUAGGACGUUACUAUGUCGGUCCAUUUUUUUGCAUGAAAACAUUGGAAUCUCGAUACGUCCAUGCAUAUAAUGUUGUGUGAUGUGAGCGGUCUUUUACAAGAAGAAACACUGGUUUCGCGAUAUUUAUGCGUUGCACCUGAAUCUGAUGAUCAGAAACGCCACUAUAAACUUUUAUUCACAAAGUUUAAUGUGUCGGUCCAACCUAUAACGUCCGGUUAUUUAUCAUUAAAUACAAAACUACGUAAUUUUAUAAACAUGUUAUACUUCGGAAACGCAGUGUUGUGUACUACGUCAUCAAUUGUGGGCCCCGGUGUACACAACGAAAAUUAGCAUGGAUCCAAAUGAGGUAAGUUGGUGUCGGUCCAUCAUGUUCUUAAGCGCAUAACGGGCAUAGUACAAACCGAAAAUGAUUGUCAUAUUGUGUUUCUACUGUAUUCAUGUAUUGGGGUGAUUUAUUAACCUCCUUAUACAUGACAAAUGACAAUGUGUUGGAUUUUCGAUGUUUUCACUCGGCAUACUGGGGGCCUCCCGAUAGUUAUCGUCUGUAUUGAGCAUGCUCGUUACGUUUGGACCAUUAUUUUGGUUUUCCCGUUACACGUGGACAACGCUAUGCAUUGAGUCUACACUGCCAACGUAACGUCCACAUACUAUAUUAUCAUUCUUGCAUUGUAUUAUAGUUUACAAUCACCAUCUUAUUGGUAAAAAACACUUCAUGUUUCACAUAAUGUAUCUGUACAGACAGUGUAUUGAGAGAAUGUCGUUGAAGUACAUGAAACACUUGAAUAUCACAGACGUUAUUUUGGACAAUGACUUUUUGUUUUUUUGUUACGUCAACCCAUAACAUCUGUACAUACAGAUCUACAUUCCGAAUGUAUCUGAUAGAAUAUUGUUUCAUUACUUGCAAGAUGUGUUACAUUUGAUUUGAUGAUCAAGUAAAUGAGACAAACCAGAUCCGAAGUAAUAUUAUAGAGGAAUAAAACUGUUUUCAUGUAUGGACGUUACUUCUACACCUAAACUGUAUGUCAAUGUGUUCUACAUAACGUCCAAAUAGAUUUUGAUUAUAUCUAUAAACAAUCUUGUGCUAAAACUUGUAUGAAUGAAUAAUACGUAUGUUUAUUUAAGAAAUAUGAUUGCACAUGAAACAUUUAAGUUGAAUAAAACAGAAUUCAUAUAAAUAACAACAUUUGUGUACGGACGUUAAAUUUGACAUGAUAUUAGUGUCGUAAGCUUAUUGACGACUGAUCCGUGUUGACAUGACGUCGAAAAACGCUGUCUCAUAUUGUCUCAUUCAAUUGUCUCAGUCUGUCCAUAUUAUAAAUAAUUAUAUAUAUAUACAGGUUGAAUUUCAACUUGGGUGGAUUCAUGGAAGUUGCCUUGCCAUGCAGUAAAAACAGAAAACUGUUUGUAGCAGAGGUUAUUGAUGUCCAGGAGGAUGAAGUGUUGUUUCGUUACAUGGAAGCUGCCAGAGGUGGAUUUAAAUGGCCAACAGUUGAAGAUGUCAGCUGGGAGCAUCAUUCAUCAGUUACUCGCCACCUUGAUAACCCUGUUCUUGACAUCCAGAAGAGUUCAAACCAUGUUCAGAUUUUUAAGUUAAAUUAGACUUUGACUUUAUCACAGGGGAGAACCCUGUUCUUGACAUCCAGAAGAGUUCAAAUCGUGUUCAGAUUUUUAAGUUAAAUUAGACUUUGACUUUAUCACAGGGGAGUACCCUGUUCUUGACAUCCAAAAGAGUUCAAACCGUUUUCAGAUUUUUAAGUUAAAUUAGACUUUGACUUUAUCACAUGUAUGGGAGAUCCCUGUUCUUGACAUCCAGAAGAGUUCAAACCGUGUUCAGAUUUUUAAGUUAAAUUAGACUUUGACUUUAUCACAGGGGAGAACCAAUCAUUUGUUGUGGUAUUUUUUCUAUUAUAAUUUAGGCGAUUUCAGUUAAACAAAUAAAGUUAUGGAAAUA